UGGCAACUUCGUAACAAAAUUAUCAUAAAAAAUAAGAAAAUGAUUGCCGAACCGUCUGCCGGCAUUUAUGCCACCAAUAUUGGCCAUUUUGAUUCACAUUACGGUGGUGACAUAUUAAUCGGUGGUAAUGGCUGUGGUGCUGGUGGAUAUUUACCUCUUCAUCACCGACAUAGGAGUGAUUUAGGUGCCGAGGUUGCCCAUCAUGGAAGCUGUUCAAGGAAAGGAUCUUAUGAAUCUUCUUCUAUUGAUGAUAUGGAGGAUGAUGAGUUGGAGUAUUUGGAUGAUGAGGAUGUUGCAACGGAGGAUGAUCCGACUGAAACUGAUGUUGAGAUAAGGACAGAGGCCUCUCCAAUGAAAGGAAUUCCGAUUAUUAGAACCUCAUUUUCAUCUAAUCGGCAUUCCAGUAAAGAUUCAUUGAAUAGCAGUGUUUUUGCCAAUAAUGACAGAACUAGAGGACUUAGCCAGGUUGCUGGGGCUAUAGCUUCUAUUGCAAGUCCUGCAGCUAGUAGACGUUUGCAGAACAGGAAGAAACUUGGAGGGGAAGAUUUGGUUGUUCUACCAAGGUUGGAUUUGAGAAACGAGGAUGAUGCGAUUUCGCAAAUUGGAAAUAUAUGUCAACGUCAUUGCCAUCACCACCAUGCCAAAAUUGGUCGUCGUGGUUCCACAUUCACUACCACAACAGCUGCAAUAACUAGAGCUUCUAGCAGUGGGCAUCAAAUAGCUCAGGAACUUUCAGAUUUGGUUAUUUAUAUGCAAGCUGUCAAAUUCAAAGGAUUCGUGGUUACAACAACAGAGAUUCCUAUAGGGUUUAGAGAGAUUGGAGGAACUAAUGUUGGAUUUGAUACCAUUGGGAGUAGUGGAAUUGGGAGUGGAGAGCUGAGGCCAUGCUCUAACAGCUUUGGCGGAACCCCUCGAAUGCGUGCUCUAGCCCCUACAAUGUUGAGUUCCUAUUCAGCUACAGUACCCUCCCACAUUGAGGCUAACAUACAACAGGCUCAUCAGAAGCGUCCAAAGAGUAGCAUACAGAUUUCAACAGCAGAAUCAACUAGAUGUUUACAAUUGGUCAGUGCCCAGUUAAGCAAUGGGAGCGACAAAGGAGACUCCCCAUCUACCCUACAACCUGUACAACAACAGCCCUUAUCCCAACAGCAACAAGCUUCGACUAGCAAUGUGCAGGAGCAAUCUGCUUCAACUUCUACUCAAAAUAAUGCGACAAAUUUAUUAUCUUCCUCUAAUACAAACAGGCAGCAAUCGCCAAACUCUCAAGCUUCAUGCUAUCAAGUUGCUAAUAUUAAUGAAACAUAUAAAUAA